CGUCUACACGCAUGCGCAGUCGCGUUGGUGUCAGCUGUGUCUUCAUGGUGGUGCCCAGCUAGCAGGCCGUCUCUUUCCUGACCGGAGCGACACAUCUCUGAGCAGGGUUAAAGGAGAAGGCCACCAUGGUGCUGAACCCUGUCAUUUCCAAGCUCGCCGGCAAACUGGUUGUGCUGGCAAGCGCUUCUCCGAGGAGACUGGAGAUCCUCAGCAAUGUGGGCUUGCGUUUUGAGGUGGUGCCAUCCUGGUUCAAAGAAACUCUCGACAAGGGACUUUUCAAAGAGCCCCAUGAGUAUGCUGUGGAGACGGCCAAGCAGAAGGCCCUGGAGGUGGCCAGGAGGAUGCCCGUGAAACACCUGAAGACUCCAGACAUCGUCAUCGGAGCGGACACUAUUGUGACUGUCGACGGCGUGAUUCUGGAGAAGCCGGUGGACAAAGCGGACGCCUACAGGAUGCUGUCGCUCCUGAGCGGUAAAGAGCACAGCGUCUUCACCGGUGUGGCCAUCGUCUUCUGCCACAAGAAAGAAAAUGAAGAAGUGGAUUAUCAGCUGGUUGAGUUCUAUGAAGAAACAAAGGUGAAGUUUUCUGAUCUCUCUGAUGAUAUGCUGUGGGAAUAUAUCAACAGCGGUGAACCCAUGGACAAGGCCGGAGGCUACGGUAUCCAGGCUCUCGGGGGCAUGUUGGUUGAGUACGUCCACGGCGACUUCCUCAAUGUUGUGGGUUUCCCUCUCAACCGCUUCUUCAAACAGCUGGACCUCAUUUACAACCAGAGCGCUUCCUCCCCGGGCCGAGAGGGAGGGUCCGCCCGGCCGAGCCACAGCGGCGCUCCCGCUAACUCGCCGCUCGUUCUGCCAGCGCACUCCGGCCUCAGGCCCACAGCCGGUCCCCUCCCAGAGGUGGAAAGGAAAGGCAGUGAACAUGAAGCGAAUGGGAGCUCAAAACACUUGGAGGAUAGAGAGGCCCAGACCGGAGCCUCUGAGAAUGCAACAUUACCGCCGAUGACCAGCAGAGGGCCCAGUGAGCCGAAGAAAGAAGACAUGCAGCGAAUUAUCGAUCUGAUGGAUGGAUUCAAAGCCUCAAAGGCCCUGUUCACCGCAUCCAAGAUGUGUGUGUUUGACCUGCUCCAGAGCCGGCCGGGGCUGGAGGCGGCGCAGGUGGCCCGGGAGGUCAACGCCUCCGUGAGGGGCACCGAGUGCCUGCUGGAAGCCUGCGUGUCUCUGGGACUGCUGAGGAGCAAAGAGGGAAGGUGCCAGAAGCCGGUGUUCGAGAACACCGAUCUGUCCGCUCACUACCUGCUGACGGACGCUCCGCGCUCGCUGCGCGGCCACAUCGCGCGCUGCGACGACACGGCGUGGCCGCUCUUCUCCCGCCUCGACAGCGCCGUGCGGGAGGGGGCCAGCCAGCGCGAGAAGGCCUUCAGCAAGACGACCGAGGACACGCUUCAGGAAACUUUCCACAACAGUCAAGAAGACAAACUGGGAUUCAUGAAUGCCAUGCACAGCAUGGCUCAAGUCACAGGACGCGCCGUGGCAACGGCCUUUGACCUCUCCAGGUUUAAAACGGCGUGCGACCUCGGAGGAUGCACCGGUGCCAUGGCCUAUGAGUUCACCAAAGCCCACCCCGGGUUUUCCGUGACCGUGUUUGACUUGCCGGCAGUGGUUGAGCUGAGUGAACGUUUCCAUCCUCUGCACACAGACAACAGGGUGUCAUUUGUAGCAGGAGACUUCUUCGAGGACGAGCUGCCCAAAGCGGACUUGUACAUCCUUGCCAGGAUCCUCCACGACUUGCCUGAAGAGAAAGUCCAUAUUCUGCUGAGUAAAAUCGCAGAAGCGUGCACACCAGGCUGCGGGCUCCUGCUGAGCGAGAUCUUCCUGGACGAAGACCGAGGCGGCCCGGCCCGCGGCCUGCUGCAGGCCCUCGGCAUGAGCGAGGGCAGGCAGAGGAGCGCGGCGGAGUACGCGCUGCUUCUGGAGAGCCACGGGUUCGUCACGGCGCGCGGCGUGCACACCGGCGGCCUCCUGGACGCCAUGCUCUGCCUCAAGGCGUGACCGACGGGAAUACCGGACGACUGUUUUCUUUUCUUCUUUUUUUUUCUUUGCUCGAAAUCGAGGACGAAGCUCAGGAAUGUCUCCGGUGGGGAAGCACGAGUCUGAACGGGCGUCAAGAGAACAAAGAGUCGCUCGUGUUCGAGGUGUUGGGAAUCAACAGGCCGAGGAGGUUGUUUGUGUACAGGGAGGGUCCCCCCCCCCCCCCCCCCCUCCACCACCGCCUUACCUGUCUUUGAACAUGCUGGCCCAGACGGAGGGGAGCAGAGGUGAGCUUCUACAGCAUCAUCACGAUGGCUCCUGUGUUUCUAUAUUCAUUCCUUUUCAUGUUUGUUUUGGCCUUUUUUAUCUGUGGUGGGGGAAAAAAGAAAAUAACAACGAGAUCCUUUAGGUAAAUGUAAGGAGGCGACAAUGUGUAUCACCAAGUAUAAUCAGGGCAAAUUAAAUAAAGCACCAAAAGUAAAAAAAGUACCGAUAAUGCGGGAUGGGCCCCUGGUUUAAAUAAUGUUAUUAAAAUUGGGUGAUUCUUUCAAAUAAAUCAAGUUGUAAGAUA